AUGCUAUAUGAAAUUGGAAUGGGUGCAGGAGCAAAGGGCGAGAGUGGUGUUUCUCAAUCUAUUGAUGGCAAUACUGCUGCAGUUGAUGGAAUUGCAAAUUAUGGACCUGGGUUCAAACCCCCUUCUAUGCAUGAAUUGAGGACUUGGAUUCUUAAAGCAGAAGUAAAAGAUAUAAAUGUCAUGAUGGAGGAACAUAAGAAAGCAUGUAAACAAUGUGGAUGCUCAAUUAUGUCUGAUGGCUGGACAGAUGGGAAAAAUGAAAUUGGGGAAGAUAAUGUUGUUCAGGUUAUUACUGAUGAUGCUUCAAACUAUGUCAAUGUCGGGUCGAGACUUAUGGAGAAGAGGAAAAAGUUGUAUUGGACUCCAUGUGCUGCGCAUUGUAUUGAUUUAAUGUUGGAGGACAUUGGAAAAUUGAAAGUCUGUGACCAAACUCUCUCAUUAUCUAGGCAAGUGGUCAAGUUUAUAUAUGGACAUUGUUGGGUUCUUUCAAUGAUGAGAUCAUUUACAAAGAACAGUGAACUACUCCGUCCAGUAGUAACACGUGUUUUGCGAGAAGUUGAUUCAGAGGAGAGGCCUGCUAUGGGUUACAUUUAUGAGUUGAUGGAUUCGGCUAAAGAAAAGAUUACUUUCAAUUGUGGAGGAAAUGUUAGAAAGUACGGACCAAUUUGGAAUAAGAUAAAUGCAAGGUGGACACCACAACUUCAUAGAUCUUUACAUGCUGCUGGUUUUUAUCUAAACCCUCAGUUGCACUAUCGAGAUAGCUUCUCCAAUGUUGAGGAGGUGAAGCAAGGAUUGUAUCAGUGCAUGGAUAGAAUGUUGAGUUACGAUGAGCGUCUCAAGGCUGAUAUCCAAUUGGACUAUUAUGACCAAGCAAAAGGGGAAUUUGGAAGUCGUGUCGCAAUUGAUUCCAGAAUUCAUACACAAAAGAGGAAUAGGCUUGAGCACAAACGUUUGAAUGCUUUGGUAUAUGUGAAGUACAACACUAAACUAAGAGAGAGGAGUAUCAAAAGAAGACAAAACAUCGAUCCAAUACUAAUUGAUGAAAUUGAUUUGGAUGAUGAAUGGAUUGUUGAAAAGGAAGACCAUGUCCUCCCUCUUGAUACUUCUUGGCUUGAUGAAGAAGAAUUGUUCGAUACUGAAGCAAUUAGGACUGUGCCUAUCACUACCUAUGAUAGAAGUGUGGAGAAUCAAUCAACUACGACUACGAUUAAUGUUGACUCAUCUUUGAAUGAAAAUAAAAGAAAAGUUGGUGAAGGUUCAAGAAAUGAUAAAGGAAAAGGCAAGGUAGCAAGAUGCACCCUUGUGGAUGAAGAUAUGGAUUUGGAAGAAAUUGGUGGAAUAGAUGAUGGAACCUAUCCCAUUAUAGAUAUAGCGAACGAAGAUGAUGACAGUAUUAAUGAGGAUGACUUAGAGUGA